UCCUCCAAUCAGCUGACUACUGACUCCGUCGUACGAUGUUCUCGCGUGUUCUGAUCACGAUGGCUUGUUUUCAUCAUCUUCCAGCUCGUCCAGCAGCCCGGAGGCUCAGUCGGUGGGCGAUCGAGAAAAGGUGCGCAUGUUAAAAAAUGGACUGCGCACUUUCCCCCCCGCGGGUUUUCCUAUCGACGGAUUUGAACGCAUCAUCUUCCCGCUGAUGUUCGCCGCAGAUGUUGGUGGAGGAAGGAGCUGCUCUGCCUGAGGAGCUCGGUGCCAUGCACGGCGCUGGUUUUGCAUUUGUACGCAUCCAUCCAGCCUCUUCCUGCUCUAAUCAAACGGCGUCACAUGCUGCUGAAAAGCACUUUAACGCUCCAGAUAAGAUGUGUUUGGGUGAAUGCCGCAGCCGACAGGAUUUGGACCAGCUCUGGAGGCCAGCAUGCACACAUCGGAGGACGUUUUUAUAACGCUUGCAAAUCAAAUCUCUUAAAUUUUAACGUCAAUUAAAGACUCAGCCAUGGGGGAUGACAGCAGCCUGUCUCGGCAAAUAGACAGUGUGGAGAGGAGCGUGGUGUUCCUGAGGCAGGAGCACCUCACUUUGCUCCACGGCCUCCACCUGGAGAUCCUGUCCCUGCAGAAGAGAUGCUCAGAGUUGACGAGCGAGCUGAAGGUGAAGCCUCCAGGCAGGAGUCAGAUCGAAUUGCAGGAGGAAGAGGAGUUCUUGGAGGCCCGCUGUCGGAACGUGGAAAACCGUCUGGCAGGGCAGGAGUGCACCUUAGGAGAACUUCGUAAGGAGCUCACUCACAAAGGGGCUUUGGUGGGAGCCCUCAGAGCGAAUCUCAAGGAAAAGGAGCGCCAUUUUCUGGAGGAGCUUAAACGCCGCAGCCACUGUUCCACCAUCCUCAACACCGAGCUGCAGAAGCAGACGGAGGCAGCAGCUUACCUCUCCUUCCAGCUGCACGCUGCCAGGCAGAAACUGCACCACCAGCGGAUGCAGCAGAGGCAGGGACUCCUGUCCAGAGCCAACAGUCAGGGGCCCCAGUACGGUGCCGAGCACAACUCUGAUUCUCCGCAGAUGUUAUCCGGAGCUUCCCCUUCAUCCCCCGUGGUUAAGCCCAAGAGGAAGAGCGUCAGAGCAUCCUCGAGGGUGGAGCGCGCCCGGGAGUGCGUGCCGAUAGAGAAGGUGAUGGGUCCUGCAGAGCCCACAGCGAUGCCCGACCCGGCACUCUUCCUCCACCCUCGAAGGCACAGAGCUCGCUCCAGGCACACUCAGAGACAACCCCCGCUGGGCCUGGAGAAGGAGGACGAGGAGGAGGGAGGCGGAGAAGGGCCGGUGGAGCCCCAGGAUGAAGCUGCCAGACUGGUGUCCUCAGCAGCAGCGCCCCCUGCUGCUGAGACCAAGGCAGAUUAAUCACUACUGUGACGUGUGCUUUUGACUACUGUAGGACUCCCUCCUGCCAGACUGUUAAUGCUGUUAACUGUUCUGCACCUUGACUGAAUUGAUACUGGGACUGGUUUUAGCUAUUUAAUGAUAUUACACUUACCAUAGACACUUUUUUUUCUUAAAAACAGACUUUGAUAUAACCUUAAAUAACUUGCAAAGCAGAAGUCAGUGUCACUUUAAGUCAGUCUUUGAAAUGAGGACGGUCUGUUUACGCUGCUGUCCAACGCUCUGUAUACGGUGGGGCCUUAUUUCAAAGUGGCCCCUUUUUGAUUUAUAGUGAGUUUAAAGUCGACUACAAGCCCAGCUGUGUGACCCAAGCAACUGUGACCUUUCAAGGCCAACCGUAAAUCUCCCCAUGUGGCCAAACGUUUGUGAGGCCGCCGACUGAGGCACAGCUGAAAAUAUCUAGGAUUGUUGGGCACUUCUGGAAAACUAUCGAUCAAAGUUUGUUUCCUUUGUUUUAAUAGAAACCGUAACUUGCAAUUCUUUAACUUUUGCUAACAUUUUUCUUUAAUCCAUAAUCGUUAACACUACUCUGCUACAUUAUAGAUUCGUGUAUCAUUAUUUUACAUCUAAUCCACAGAAAAUACUUUUAUCUAACUGGCUUGAAGGUGUCAACUCUGGAGGUGUUUAUCUCAACAACAGAGAGUAGCGCGACAAGAAACAAUAUUUGAGGGCACAACAGGCUUGUCAGCAGUUUUAAAAUCACUGUGCAAGGUACUAAAUGCGUGUAGCGACAAUAUUAAAGCUUCGGCUAGCUGUCCCUGGUGAGGUAGACCUUCUUCACAGCAGAUAAUGACAAUAACAGUUAUUACAGACCCUUGACGUUUCUCAGUUUUUGCUGCUGAGCCAGGAAUCACAACAGUGGGGCUGUUUCUGAAAUAACUAACUAAUAAUGUCCCCUUAUAGAAUAUACCUAAUAUGUUACUUACUCAGAAGUAGUAGCAGCAACUUAGUUCAGAAACAUAAUAAACAUAAUAAUAAUAUUGGUUUUAGGAAGUAAGAAAUUUGAAAAUUGAUAUGUCAGCUGAUAUUGUUCAUUUAUAUGUUACAGGAAUAAUGAAAAGUGAAAAUGAUAGUCAUUGUUUAUUAACUUUCCAGCAAUGUAGUUCCCAAACUAGUUUCCCAUGAAUACACCACUUGACUCCGUACCACUGAUGGCUCAGCUACAUGUGCUGCACACAGUGUUAAGAUUACUGUAAACAGUGGAGUCAGAGCGGCCUUACUGGACAUACUGUGUAAUGAAACAGUUUCUAAAUUCUCUAAAGCGUUUUUUUUAAAUGUUCUAUAAAAGAAAGUUUUCAUAUCAGACAACAUAUACAUCAAUGCUGAUAUAUCUGUGAUAUAAUAUCCGCUAACCAGUAUAUAUCAGUCAGGCUCUAUGCUGCAUUGUGCCUGUGUGUCUGGAACAUAAAACCCUGCUUGGGAGUUCAUUUCAGACAGAAUCAUUUUCCCAGUAAAAAAGUCAAAAUGUGUGCUGUGAAAAAUGUCUAUAAGCUCACCACGGUUUAAACUAUGAACAAACUUUGCAAAUGGAUCACGAUUUUACCUCAGCCUUUCUUUCCUGCUUAGAUAAGUGUCCAUAAUGUAACAUACUGAAAGGUCAUUGCACACUGACCUCUAUUUAACUACAGUCUUCUCUUUAUCUCAGUCUGUAGGUUGACUGUCAAAAAAACAAAAAAGCAAAUGCACACCACCUUACAUAUCACACAUAGUACAUACUAAACUUAAAAAAUAUAGAUGCAAACUUGUCAGCCUUCAUGUUCUGUUUUUUUUUAAUUAUCAGGUGAUUAUAUUGCAAAAAAGAAAUGAAUGAAUCCGUUUAGAUAUUUUCUAAUAGGUAAAACCUAAAUUUGCUCUUGUAUCAGUGCCUGAUAGGUGGAGGAGACAUCAGACAACAGUGGCAUUUCACCUCUCACACUAAACAGCAAAAUUUAGUUCAUGUUUCCCUUUGUGAUGCAUUGAGGCACCAUGUCAUGACGCUUGGUAUAAACAGGCAGCAUUCAGGUGAUACUCACUUCUGGCUCAUUAGACCAUGUGUUUUACUCAGGUGUGGUUUGUGUACUGAACACACACACACACAUAGACAACUGCUACUUCAGCCUAUUUGUGUUUGAGGUUGUUUUGUUAGGGUUUUUUUUCACCUCAGGAAAAAAAACGGACAAACAAAAACACAAGUGUAGCUUUCGGUGUGCGUUCAAAUGCAGCACGGUCUGAUAGAUUUGCAGGACGGCCUGUUUGCAGUGUGUUCUCAGUUUUACACAUUUUACUCCCUGAAAAAGACAUUUCCUGUACUGGAAAGGACAAGAAGAGGGACGAGCGUGUCCUCUGAUAUCCAAACAUAUGCAGGUGGUGGCCCCUAGUGUAACACUGAGCAAAUAGCAUGAAGAAAAGAUCAAAUCAACACAAUAUUUUAAUGAAGAAAAUAUUUUUUAUGCUAUUGCUUGCAUAUAUCAGUGCCAAUUAUGAAUUUAUUGUUGUCCAUUCAAUACCCCACUGCAAUUACUGCCUUAUAAUAGAGGAGUCAUAAUAAAUGCUGUGCGAAGAAACAGGGCAAAAGUUAACUUUACUCUUAGACUUUGCAUAGAACAGUUACUGUAUGUCAGUGUUUUCCUCUAAGUUGUGUCAGUCGGUCUUUACUUGAGCCAUGACUUAACUGAGCAUCAGUAAUUAGUUUAAUCGUGAUUAGUUGCUGUGAGGCUUUCCUUGCAGCUCCUGUUUAGAAGUUUAGCAUUAUGUUUUAGGAGUAUAUCAUCAAUAAAGCAAUAUCAAUAUAUUUAUAUAUUCUUACUAGGUCACGACAGCUGGUUUAAGGACACUCGAGGCGUUAAAGUAGAUUUUAUGAUUGUUUUAAUGUUUGUAAUUCUUCAACUCACUAUGUUUUGCUUAAUAUUUUUCUGAACUGUCUGAUGGAUUGUCGAUGAAUCUUUAUGUUGUUAUGCUACAGUUUAUCGGAGGAGAGGAUUCAAAGAUGCGCUACAUGUGAAGCAACGUAAAGCAAAUAGGCAUAGUAUUCUGCCAGCUGGAUGAAAAUGAACUGAACCUGUCUUCUUUUUUAGCAAAAAUGCAAAUGUGACAAGGGUUUUUCAUUCACUUCUUAGCUCUGGUAAGUCAUUAGUAUGACUGUGUGCACUAUUCUUCCUCGAGUUUCAUGAGACAGGAGGCAAUUAAAGUACAAAGCUGUCUCAUUGAAAACAGCUUUUUUCUCCCCAACAGGUAAAUUGAACUUCAGACUGUUAGACUUCAUCACUCCACCUACCAUCUAAAUGGAGCAGCAGACACAUUUUACCAUCAUUUCACAUUUUUACACAGUAGAUGAUCCAUACUUUGGUAUUAUGUCACAUCUUGGACAAAUAACCAAAAUACUGGCUGCUGUAUGAGACGGAUGACGAAAAUGCUAAAGAGCCAAAGAGGCCCAGCACUGGAAUUAAGCACGGAGACGAGCGGUGUGACGCCUUAAUGAUGUCUUUUCAUGAGUAUUUCAGCUUAAGCGAGUAAAUCUUAAUGACCUGCUUUGAUUUUUCUACUUUUCAGAGCGGUUUAUCUCACAUCCUGCAAACAUAGCGGAGUAAUACUAAUUUACUGACGCCCACAGAGAAUGUCUUCCAUCUUUCUAAAUGCUGAUAUAACUUUAAUCUUCAGUGCAGUCAUGAAGCAGCAGCAGCAGUGUCUGUCAUUUUGCUCGUCCUUGUGGUCAACAAGUUUAUUUCAGAUCUUCGAGAGAUGUUUCAGUGGACUUUAUGUGGCACCAUAAAGCAUCUUGGUUGACAUGUUAUGUGGUUUCUAGCAAUAAUGCUGUGUGGCUCCCAACAUGACAUGCAGAGAGAUGUUGAUUUGAUUUUGGUCCACGGGUGAGCUGUUGACUGAUUACCGCAUAUACUGUGUUUGCUUCCUACAGUGAUCAACUGUACACAUAAAUGGAAUAAAACGGAGGAUUGUCUA